GUCUUUGCAGGCACCAGCCAGUCGUCUUUGGCCGCUUAUUCAUGGUCGAUGUUGAUCCUUUGCAAUGCGGAGCCUUCUGCCUACUCGCAUGCGCCAUGGCAGGCUGCAUCCAGUCGGACGGUGGCAUGGUCAACGCGGAAAUAGACCUGUCGCCUACGCUACCUCUUCGGAGGUAGGAGCACAGCAGCAGCAGCAGCAGCAUCAUCUCCACAAGCGACCAAGAGCCACAUCAGUUGUUACAACACACACUACCUCAAGACUACCGAAAACCACAGUAUUAAGAUGCGCUGCUCUCUACUCACCCUCAGCGCACUCGCAACAAGCGCAGUCUGCUCCGUCCUCCCAGCAGCCUACUCCGGUACGCUCGAAGCCCGGGUCGACAACAGCAACUGCACCCAAUACUGCUCAGUCUCCGCUGGCUGCGUCUGCACCGUCCGUCCCUCCGACUGCUCAGAAUUCUACACGGUCCAAUCCGGCGACACCUGCCUCUCGAUCGCCAAAUCCUUCUCCAGCUUCACCGUCACGCAAUUCUACAAAUGGAACCCCAACGUCGGCCAGACCUGCUUUGGCCUGCAAGCGUACGUGCCAGUGUGCAUCAACACCCCAUGGUACACUUUCACUCCACCCGUGCAACCUGAUUUCGGCACCCAUUACACUCCGGAUCAGACUCCAGUGCCCAUCAUGCCGAAUAUUGUGAGCACUUGCCAGGAAUUCGAGUUGAUUGAGCCGGGGAAAAGAGUCGAGGAUCUUGCUGCCGAGAACGGAUUCGAGGUGAAUCAGUUUGCAGAGUGGAAUGGAAACUCCACGACGGCUUGGGCUGCAUACUGGGCUUGCGUGAAGGCUUAAGACGCGACUAUGUGGCGCUGCAUGGAAUGGCAAAACGUACUUUUUAUAUGUAUCCUGGCCCAUAUUCCUCCAGUCACUCAUUUGGGGCUUUUCAGUAUUCCUACCUACCUUACCUAAGGUAUUGGAGGAACGACAGCAUUGGUUGGGGGGGAACAGGGAAAAAUUAUCAUAUAAUAAUACAUACCUUAGGUACCGUAGCAUAGGAAGGUGCAGGUAAUGAAUAAAAGAUUC